AUGCGUCCCGAGGUCGAGCAAGAGCUCGCCCAUAUCCUGCUGGUUGAGCUCCUGGCAUACCAGUUUGCUUCUCCAGUCAGGUGGAUUGAAACUCAGGAUGUGAUUCUGGCAGAGAAACGGACAGAACGGAUCGUUGAAAUUGGCCCGGCUGAUACCCUAGGUGGUAUGGCCAAGCGGACCCUCGCAUCGAAGUAUGAAGCCUACGACGCUGCCACAUCCGUGCAACGACAGAUCCUUUGCUACAAUAAGGAUGCCAAAGAAAUUUAUUACGACGUCGACCCUGUCGAGGAGGAACCCGAGGGGACUGAUGCACCGGCUGAGGGCUCAUCCGCUCCUGCAGCGCCCUCUGCACCCGCCGCUGUUGCCGCCGCUCCAGUUGCUGCUCCUCCUCCAAGUGCCGGACCAGCCCCUGCGGUAGAGGAUGCCCCCGUUACCGCGGUUGAUAUCAUCAGGGCAUUAGUUGCACAGAAAUUGAAGAAGAGCUUAACAGAGGUGCCCUUGACGAAAGCUAUCAAGGAUCUCGUUGGAGGCAGGUUUUCCCCUUCUUUUCCAAGUGAUUGCAAGUCUACUUUGCAGAAUGAGAUCCUUGGAGAUCUGGGCAAGGAAUUCGGUUCGACGCCAGAAAAACCUGAAGAUACUCCUCUAGACGAGCUUGGCGCUUCCAUGCAGGCCACCUUCAAUGGCCAGCUGGGCAAGCAGUCGUCUUCCCUGAUAGCCCGUCUCGUAUCCUCGAAGAUGCCCGGCGGAUUUAAUAUCACAGCUGUCAGGAAAUACUUGGAGACGAGGUGGGGGUUGGGACCAGGCCGUCAGGAUGGAGUCCUUUUGUUAGCGCUGACCGUGGAACCGGCGUCGCGUCUCCCAUCCGAGGCGGACGCGAAGGCUUAUCUUGAUGAUGUCGCAAACAAAUACGCCGCUCAUGCUGGCAUCAACCUUUCUGCCCCUUCGAGUGGUGGUGACGGUGGCUCCGGCGCGGGUGCUAUGAUGAUGGAUCCCGCCGCGAUUGAUGCAUUAACGAAGGACCAACGAGCGCUGUUCAAACAGCAAUUGGAGAGUAUUGCUCGCUAUCUGAAGAUGGACCUCCGAGCCGGUGAUAAGGCUUUCGUGGCAUCUCAAGAAAGCCAGAAAGCCUUGCAGGCGCAGCUGGAUCUCUGGCAAAGCGAACAUGGUGACAUCUAUGCUUCCGGCAUAGAGCCAGCCUUUGACCCUUUGAAGGCACGAGUAUACGACUCGUCCUGGAAUUGGGCUCGCCAGGAUGCGCUCAGCAUGUAUUAUGACAUCAUCUUCGGACGACUCAAGGUUGUCGAUCGUGAGAUCGUCAGCCAGUGCAUUCGUAUCAUGAACCGUUCCAACCCACUGCUCCUCGAUUUCAUGCAGUAUCAUAUCGACAAUUGCCCGACGGAGAGGGGUGAAACGUAUCAACUCGCCAAGGAGCUGGGUCAGCAGCUCAUAGAAAAUUGCAAGGAAGUCCUCGGUCAGCCCCCUGUCUAUAAGGAUGUCGGCAUUCCAACCGGUCCGCAGACCACCAUCGACUCGCGCGGCAACAUUUCAUACCAGGAGGUACCAAGGGCAAGUGCUCGGAAGUUGGAACACUACGUGAAGCAGAUGGCCGAGGGUGGUCCCAUUUCAGAGUACAGCAGCCGAACCAAGGUGCAGAACGAUUUAAGGAACGUGUACAAGCUCAUCCGCAGACAACACCGACUCUCCAAGUCUUCGCAACUUCAGUUCAAUGCGCUGUACAAAGACGUCAUCCGUGCUCUGGCAAUGAACGAGAGCCAGAUCAUGACCCAAGAGAAUGGCCAUGCCAAGAGGCCGGGCCGCAACGGUAAAUCUCACGGCAGCCCUCGUCCGGGUAAGGUGGAAACGAUUCCAUUCCUCCACCUGAAGAAGAAAGAUGAACAUGGUGGCUGGGAGUACAGUAAGAAACUGACAGGCAUCUACCUGGACGGUCUUUUGUCUGCUGCGCGGUCUGGUCUCACGUUUCAGGGCAAAAAUGCCCUCAUGACCGGCGCUGGCGCUGGCUCUAUCGGGGCCGAAGUCCUUCAGGGCUUGAUCAGCGGUGGUGCCAAGGUCAUUGUGACGACGAGCCGGUAUUCGCGCGAAGUCACCGAAUACUACCAGGGGAUGUAUGCACGAUACGGUGCACGAGGCUCCCAACUUGUUGUUGUUCCUUUCAACCAAGGAAGCAAACAAGAUGUGGAGGCGCUGGUUGAGUACAUUUAUGACACCAAGAAGGGUCUCGGUUGGGACCUCGACUACAUUGUGCCGUUUGCCGCCAUUCCGGAGAAUGGACGUGAGAUCGACAACAUCGACUCGAAAUCCGAAUUGGCCCAUCGGAUCAUGUUGACAAAUCUUCUGCGACUGCUCGGAUGUAUCAAGUCUCAGAAACAGCAGCGCGGUUUUGAAACGCGUCCGGCCCAAGUCAUCCUGCCGCUAUCUCCCAACCACGGUACUUUCGGCAACGAUGGAUUGUACUCGGAGUCCAAGUUGGCCUUGGAGACGCUGUUCAACCGGUGGUAUUCUGAGAGCUGGGGCAACUACUUGACCAUCUGUGGUGCGGUCAUUGGCUGGACUCGUGGGACUGGUCUCAUGAGCGCGAACAACAUAGUCGCUGAAGGUGUGGAGAAGCUCGGUGUACGCACCUUCUCCCAACAAGAAAUGGCCUUCAACUUAUUGGGACUUAUGGCCCCUGCAAUUGUUAAUUUAUGCCAGUCUGAUCCAGUUUUCGCGGACCUAAACGGCGGUUUGCAGUUCAUUCCCGAUCUGAAGGGCUUGAUGACCAAGCUGCGCAAAGAGAUUAUGGAAACGAGCGCCGUUCGCCAGGCAGUUAUCAAGGAGACUGCUAUAGAAAACAAAAUCGUGAACGGCGAGGACAGCGAGGCUCUCUACAAGAAGGUCACCACGGAGCCUCGAGCCAACAUCAAGUUCCAGUUCCCUGAGCUUCCCAAGUGGGAUGAAGAGAUUAAGCCUCUCAACGAGCAGCUGAAGGGCAUGGUCAACCUCGACAAAGUUGUCGUAGUCACUGGUUUUUCGGAACUUGGACCAUGGGGUAACUCACGAACUCGAUGGGAGAUGGAGGCCUAUGGCAAGUUCUCCUUGGAGGGGUGUGUGGAAAUGGCCUGGAUGAUGGGUCUGAUCAAGAAUCACAACGGAUCUCUCAAAGGGAAGCCGUACUCUGGCUGGGUCGAUGCCAAGACUGGAGAGCCAGUCGACGACAAAGAUGUGAAGGCCAAAUAUGAGAAAUACAUCCUCGAGCACUCCGGUAUUCGGCUUGUUGAACCCGAAUUGUUCAAUGGAUAUGACCCCAAUCGGAAGCACAUGCUUCAAGAAGUUGUCAUUCAGGAGGAUCUGGAACCGUUUGAAGCGUCCAAGGAGACAGCCGAAGAAUUCAAGCGGGAGCAUGGCGACAAGGUGGAGAUUUUUGAGAUUCCCGAGUCUGGAGAGUACACGGUUCGCCUCAAGAAGGGUGCCACCCUGCUUAUCCCCAAGGCUCUGCAGUUCGACCGACUGGUUGCUGGGCAGAUCCCAACCGGCUGGGACGCUAGGAGAUAUGGUAUUCCCGAAGACAUUAUUGAUCAGGUCGACCCUGUGACUCUCUAUGUCCUUGUUUGCACGGUUGAGGCCCUCCUUGCAUCUGGUAUUACCGAUCCUUAUGAAUUCUACAAGUACGUCCACUUGUCGGAAGUCGGAAACUGCAUUGGUUCUGGUAUCGGUGGUACUUCCGCUUUGAGAGGCAUGUACAAGGAUCGCUUCCUGGACAAGCCUGUCCAGAAGGACAUUCUGCAGGAGUCCUUCAUCAACACAAUGAGUGCGUGGGUUAACAUGUUGCUCAUCUCAUCUACCGGCCCUAUCAAGACUCCAGUAGGUGCUUGUGCCACAGCAGUGGAAUCAAUCGAUAUCGGUUAUGAGACCAUCGUCGAAGGAAAGGCCCGCGUCUGCUUUGUUGGUGGUUUUGAUGAUUUUUCAGAGGAGGGUUCGUAUGAGUUCGCCAAUAUGAAAGCCACCAGCAAUUCUCUUGAUGAGUUUGCACACGGCCGUACCCCACAGGAGAUGUCUCGUCCGACAACGACGACCAGAAGCGGAUUCAUGGAGUCCCAAGGUUGCGGUAUUCAAGUCAUCAUGAGUGCUCAGCUGGCUUUGGACAUGGGUGUUCCCAUCUACGGUAUUAUUGGAUUGACCACCACUGCUACUGACAAGAUUGGUCGUUCCGUUCCUGCACCUGGCCAGGGUGUGCUGACGACUGCUCGUGAGAAUCCUGGAAAGUUCCCAUCCCCGUUGCUUGAUAUCAACUACCGUCGUCGACAGCUCGAGCUGCGCAGGCAGCAGAUCAAGCAAUGGAAAGAAUCAGAGCUCCUGUAUCUUCAGGAGGAAGUCGAGGCGAUCAAGAGUCAGAGUUCGGAACCUUUCGAUGCUUCAGCGUACUUGCAGGAGCGAACCCAGCACAUUGAGCAGGAGGCGAUCCGCCAGGAGAAGGACGCUCAAUUCAGCCUUGGAAAUAACUUCUGGCGACAAGAUCCCCGCAUUGCUCCAUUGCGUGGCGCCUUGGCAACCUGGGGUCUGACUAUCGACGACCUCGACGUUGCUUCAUUCCAUGGAACCUCCACGGUUGCCAACGAUAAGAAUGAAUCGGAUGUCAUUUGUCAGCAGCUCAGGCACCUCGGCCGUAAGAAGGGCAACGCUGUUCUUGGCAUUUUCCAGAAAUACCUUACGGGACAUCCCAAGGGUGCUGCUGGUGCUUGGAUGUUCAAUGGCUGCUUGCAGGUCCUCAACACCGGCCUUGUUCCUGGCAACCGCAAUGCAGACAAUGUCGACAAGGUCAUGGAGCAAUUUGACUACAUUGUGUACCCCAGCCGCAGCAUUCAGACCGAUGGUGUGAAGGCGUUCUCCGUCACUUCAUUCGGUUUUGGUCAGAAGGGUGCUCAGGUAAUUGGUAUCCAUCCAAAAUACCUCUUCGCAACCUUGGACAAGGCCCAGUUUGAGUCGUACCGAGCCAAGGUCGAAGCUCGUCAAAAGAAGGCCUACCGCUACUUCCACAACGGAAUGAUCAACAACAGUCUUUUCGUGGCCAAGGAUAAAGCACCCUACGAUGAUAAGCUGCAGAGUCAAGUCUUCCUUAACCCCGACUACCGUGUCACUUUGGAUAAGAAGACUUCCCAGCUCACUUAUCCUUCGGCCCCUCCGAAGAGCAAAGACCAGGAGACGGAGAGAACGCGCCAGAUGAUCGAGUCCCUUGCCACAGCGACCGCAGCUCCGAACUCCAGAGUAGGCGUCGAUGUCGAGAAGAUCGAGGCUAUCAACAUUGAGAAUGACGUAUUCGUGGAACGGAACUUUACCGAACGUGAGCAAGCGUAUUGCCGUAAGGCGCCAUCGCCACAGUCUUCAUUUGCCGGGAGAUGGAGCGCGAAAGAGGCGGUUUUCAAGUCUCUGGGAGUCGCUUCCAAGGGUGCCGGUGCUCCAUUGAAGGAGAUUGAGAUUAUCAAUGAUGCCAAUGGUGCACCAGUGGUCCAUCUUCAUGGAGCUGCCGCUGAGGCUGCUAAGGAGGCCGGCGUGAAGUCUGUAACUGUCAGCAUCAGCCACAGCGACUCUCAAGCGAUUGCAGUUGCCGUAUCUAAAUUUUAA